AUUCUGGGUUUGGGUUUUUUGCUUUAAGUGGGGUUUUCUUUCUUUCUUUAUUUAUUUAUUUAUUUAUUUACAUAUUUAUUAAGAAUUACAAUGACAUUCUCAAUACACACAUUACAAUUGCUGUAAAUUCUUUGAGAUAUGUUUUCCUGAUUUUUCAAGUGGUGAUCUUGUGAAUGGAAGGCCCCUUAUGAGUUUGAGAACUCCAUUUUUGUUAGCUGAUAGGGUGGUGAUGGUUUGUGUGUGGCAGGGGAUCUGGACCGGUCCUUGAGGACAUCUAGCAGUGCGCAGGGCUUGAGCCGACAGAGCCCAGGGCAGGCUCCUCACAGUCCAAGGCGUCAGAAGUUGAAUCUACGAAUGAAAAGUUUGUCACUAGAUUCACCAGAAUCAACAGAACAUGCUCAGCGAAGACGUCAUGCUGCUCAGUCCACAUGCUUGGACCCCCAAAGCAGCCAUUCAUCAUCAUCGCGUAUCCAGUCCCCUUCAAGCCCUGUACAUAAUCGGAGACUGUUGUCAGCCCGAAAUAUGAGAAUGUCAUCAGUUGAGCUGCCUGACGACACUGAAAAAUCUUUGUCAUCAGCAAGUACAUCACCUUGUCCAUCGCCGAAGCCGCAUCGUUUACUUCCUACCAAUCUUUAUGUGGUGCUAUACAAUUUCAAAUCUCGUCAUCCAGAUGAACUAGAUCUGAAGGCUGGGUACAAAGUUACAGUAAUAGAUACAUCAGAUGCUGAUUGGUGGAAAGGUAAAUGCUUGGGUAGAGUUGGCUUCUUUCCAUCAAAAUAUGUGGUACGGUUGACACCUGGAGAACGUCCAUUGCAAGUGACUCACAACUUGCAAGUAUCUGAUGGAGAUAGUGGCCUCAUGUUGCUCAAAGACCAGAUAGUAAUACAGGUUGGAGAAGAGUUGGAUGGUAUGGUUAUGAUCAGAGCUGGAGACAAUCGCCAAGGUGUCUGUCCUUUGAAGUUCUUGCAAGAAGUGUGACAACAACCUUCCGCAGUGGCGGAUGUUAACAUCAAGAACAACACUCGAGCGUUUGUGGCUGUGAAUGUCAUGAACAAUAGUAACAAAAAUUCUUUCCCAGCAACAGGCAUGAAAUAUAAAAGCUACAAACACACCUCCCUGGAAGCAACCAACAAUCCAACGUGUAUUGAAACAGACGCCCAAAAGAGCAUUGCCAACAAAAAUUCUUUACCAUCAGGAUCUAAAAAUUAUAAUAGAACACUUGUAGCAGCACAUACUGCCAGUAGGAACACAAGUUUAAACAUCAAUUUGCUGCCUCAUUAUAAGCUUGUGUCCUCAACACGUCCUUUGUGCAUCCAUCUCUUUCACCAUGACACCAACAACAACCCACAGAAGUCACUUUUGCCCUCUCAGACACGUCCAUUAGUCAUGAGAACAUCCAGGAACAUUAAUGCAUCAUUUGAGACAAAAUCAAGUAAUUUAUUUGCUGCUUCAAAGCGCUCUGUUUUUGAUAGCUCCACCCUGCAAUUGCUGGGGCAGGACAGUAACAACAACCCCUCCACCAGCGACAUCCACCCUCUUCCGUCCAUGGGCAUAGCAGGUAGCAAAUGGAAUGACAGUCCCUAUCCGCUCCACCAUUAUCAUCAUCGAAACACAGCUUGCAUUCUACAAUAAUUGAAAUAUUGAAUUUUAAAAGGCAUAAUAUUUACAUCUCUUUCAUGAUACUCACUGAUAACUUUUUUAUAAGUCACAAAACUCCUUUUCUCAUAAAUAAAAUUUUUGUUGUGUUUAACUGUCCAUUUUCUUAAAAAAAUUUUAAAACAUCAUCAGUUGAUCAAGAAUUUUCUGGGAAUUACUUUUUAAAACUAUUGGAAGCUUGCUGAAAACAAAAGACUAAUUCCUGAAAAUAGUAACACUUUUUCUCAAAACAUUUUUGUCAAAAUGGAUCAGUUUGAAGAACCAUUUACAGUACAGGAACAACAUUACACUUUUAUUCUCUAUUUACGUUAAGAUUAUUUGAAAAAUAUUUAAUCAAUAUUAUUUCAUUCCAUUUGCUCUCUUUUAAAUGGUAGUCAACUUUAAGUACAUGACAUUCUAUCAUUUUAUCCAUUUCUUUUAAACAGCAAGCUUACUGUAAUUAUAAUUCCUUAUUUUCUUCAUUCCUUAUGAAGAUGGACCACGUAAGGAAUUGACACCACAUUUUCAGAUAUUCUGGUUCGAGUCUCAGUUCACAACCAGAUUUGCCUUGUGUUGCCCUCACAAACAGAACACUUGGUUAGGUAAAGACAAGUUUCCACAUAUUUUGCAUAUAAUAUAUACUGUAUAUUUUUGUAUCAUUCCUAAUAAACGCAGGGCCCACAUUUUAAUGCUUCAAAAUUCUAUGUUUAAAAAUAAUUUAAUAGGGGGUAAAUGAGAUUGUAAGUUUAUCACAAUAUAUAUUUAGUUAUCUCACCACAUGUACUCAUUAUGUGUAUUCAUGUUGUUAUAUAAGUAUAGAAACGACAAAUGAAGCUCAUCUCAGCAGUACUUUUCUUUCUUAUUGGUCUUCUACACAUCUGCAUUAUAAAAAGAAACUGGAGAAAAAUGUUAUUAAAUACAUUCCAUAUGAAAUUAUUCUAUGGUAUUUACAUAGUUUCUUUUAGAAUUAUGCUAUAUAAUAAACAAUUAAUUCAGUUGUAAAUAUAGAAACAGAUAUAUCAUUUCUUUAAUUUAAAAUGAAGAAUGAUUGUGGAUUGAGCUUAUUAGUUUAUUAUUUGUUAAUGAUACAUUAAAUUUUGGUUUCAGCAGCAACAAUAUAAUAUGCUUCUAGAAUGGAAAACUUCAAUUUUCCAACAGUAUAUCUGCCAUUACUAGAAAAAAUAAUUUGUUGUAUAAAAUUGUUUGGAAUUCAAAAUUUAAAUUAACAGCUUAAUUUUUUUAAUACUCCUUCCAAUACUGCAUACUGAAAGCUGCUUAUUAAUUUAAUUAUUACUUUUUUCACUUUCACAAAUAUUAUUAUCUCUUCCACAUUUGAAUAUAAGUUUUAGGAUUCUUAAAUGUUUACAAAAUAAUUUUAAAUUAUAUUCUUGAUGUUUCUUUGAACUGAAGGUAAUGUCAGAUUGUUAGAAACAAACUUACAAUGAAUGCUCAGAUAAGAUACAUGUAAGAUUUGUAACAUUGGAAGUACAGGGAUAGGACCAGGGUAAAUUUGAUUACAGAUGGCAUUGGUUCUCCACUCAGUGAAUUGUGGUUUAAAAUAAUUUUGGGACCACUGCUCAUCAAAUUAUUUUUGCAACUUGUCAUGUACUAUCUGGUGAUCUUAUUUCAAUGCACUUACAUAAAAUUUACUUGUACAUAUUAAUCAUCAAAUACAUUAAUUUAAUGGCAUUACAUGGUAAGUCUACCCUAGAACACAAUAAAAUUGUGUCAAAUUUCCAGAUGCUUAAUGUUCUCAUAAAUGUUAAAAGAAACGUUCAUGUUAUAAGUGCUUGCAUACUCUUACUUGUAAAAGCUAAUAUAUAAUAUUAUGAAGAAAGAGGUUUAUAUAUUUUCACACUAAUCAUGAUAGUAAUCCUCAAUGAAAACCAAAUCAUAACAAUUUUAUAUACAUAUUAAUACACGAAUAUUUUUGUCCUUUAUACGUACAUAAAUUAUGAUUUUAGUACCCUUUGCACUUUUACAGGAAGUUAUAUUCUGAGAAGCCUUCCAAAUACUAUUUUUCAAUAUACAUUGAAUAUUGUUAGAGGCAUAUUUACAAUAUAUGCAAUAUUUUCUGUCAUAUAUCAGAUAAAUAAUUCUAAAUCUGAUUUUAACAAGAGUCUUAAAAUCUUAUUUCAAUGUUGAAGAUAAUGAAAAAUACAAACCUUAUAAAAUAACAAGACACAGGACGGUGAGUAAAAGAAUAUUCCUGUACCAAUUGUUCCCACACAUUUUUUGCACAUAAUAUCUCGUAUCCUCCUUAAUCAUCCAGUGACAGUGAUUGGAUGAAUGUAAAAUUAUUUUGCUGGUCAGUUGUGGAGGUUUUAAAUGAAUGUGAUAUAUAUAUAUAUAAAGAGUUUAAAGGUAUUUCAGGCUAUGGAUAAUCAGAAAUGUGUAUUAAUUAUCUAGUUGGGUCCUGUUAAAUCAUAUAUGAAAGUUGCAUGUUGAUUGUUGUUGAAAGAAAUGUUUGUAUCCUCUCAUAUAUAUCGUUAAUGCCUAAUACCUAAGUGUUGAUUUCAGCAGUCAGAUAUCUUGAAGUAAAUGUGCAGUUUAAUUUGUUAUAUAUGUAACAUUGAAGAUUCAAAAGUAUCUGCAAGCUUCAUAUGUAAGUAUAAGCUUCUCAGUCAGAUAAUUUUUGCUGCUCACAACAUCAAUAUAUUUUGAGUGAUGCCUGUCAGAUAGUAACAUUGUGUAGAAUUUAUUCCAAGAUAUCUGGUAACAUUUUGGGAGUGAGUUCUGUCAGAAAACUCUCUAAAAUGUGAAUUUUGGCACCCAUAAAUAUAAAUUGUACAUUUACAUCAUAAGCACAUGGAUUAUAACAUCCACAUCACAUAUGUAUAAUUGUAUAUAUACACAUAAAAUAUAUAUAUGAGUAUAUUGAUA